CUUAUUUUCAGGGAUACAUCACGUGAUAAUGUUGGCUGCAUGCAAUGAGCCCGGUUCAGCUAGCAGCUUCAUAGCAGACGGAGGAUGAGAGUGUUUUGUAUUUGUUACUUCGAAUUUUGUGAUUUAAACAAUUAAAGUCAAUAACAAUGGAAUGUAUAGUAGCAAACGUCGAACACAUGCGAUUUGACAUUGAGAUUGCUCUCGACGAACAGUAUGGAGCUCUUUCAUUACCUUUCACCGGCAUGGACAAAUCUAUCGCUGCAGUAUGUCAAUUUUACCCAAGAGGCACUUGUACUAAAGGAGCAUCAUGUCCAUUUAGACAUGUUCGUGGUGAUCGCACAAUAGUAUGUAAACAUUGGUUAAGAGGUCUUUGUAAAAAGGGUGAUCAAUGUGAAUUUUUGCACGAAUAUGACAUGACAAAAAUGCCAGAAUGUUAUUUUUAUUCUAGAUUCAAUGCAUGUCACAAUAAGGAAUGUCCAUUUUUACAUAUUGACCCCGAAACAAAAGUCAGAGAUUGUCCAUGGUACGAUCGUGGUUUUUGUAGGCAUGGUCCUUUAUGUAGACAUCGACAUGUCCGACGUGUCCUUUGUAUGGCUUAUUUGGCUGGUUUUUGUCCAGAAGGACCAAAUUGCAAAUUCAUGCAUCCGAGGUUUGAAUUACCAGCGGUACAAGACAUGCAACCGAAGGAAGGCAAAAAAGUGAUGAUUACUUGUCACUUCUGUGGAGAAGGCGGUCACAAAGCAAUCUAUUGCAAUAAAAUGCCACCCGAUGUACGGGAAGCUCAAGUCAGGCAGGAUGUUGAUAAUAACUCUCAUGCAUCACAUCACCAUAUGAAUUUGCAUAAUGGUCCACCGCCACCGCGAGGGCCGCAAAAACCACUCGAAGAAGUAACAUGCUAUAAAUGUGGACAGAAAGGUCAUUAUGCCAAUAAAUGUCCGAAAGGACAUCUAGCGUUUUUGAGUCAUGCGGGUAGUGGAAGUGGCGGUCAGAAUCAGAAUUAUCGGAGAUGAUUUUCUUUGUUUUAUUUAUGUAACAUGAAUAUUGCGAUACUACUUUAUCUCAUUAUUAAUUAUCUAUAAAAUUUGUUUCUCAUAUACAAUAAAAUAAUUUCAUAUCUAA